AACAUUCUAGUCACUAGAUAUAUCUACGGGCUUACUUCGAAGUAAAACGAUGAUUCCGGCGGAAAAAUGGCGAAACUUCCGGCGAACACCAUGGCUUGCUCCGGCGACGGGAAGCUCUCCGGACAUCUUCUCUCAACUCUCUAAACUCUCCUCUAACUAAUGGGAUGAUUUUGGUGUGGAGAUGAUGAAGAAUGAAUUGCUCUAUAUAUAAGCCUGGGAGAGGGAGUUGCGUAGAUAGCCUGUGAUUUCCGUUCCGUCGAUUAAGGUCAUACCCAGUUAACCCACCCCGCUAUAUUUACACCAUCAACUACGUAUAAAAAAACUGAUGUAACACUGAAUUGGAAAUGAGGUGGGAGUGAACAAAUAUGACCCCACCACGCGGCACCAGGGCCAAAUGCCCUUAAAUUAUCCUGUGCGGAUAAUUGUGCUGACAUGUCUCCUCUCAUACCUCAAUGGCCUUCGCUACACUCAAAUGGGAGAAAAGGCAAAUAUUUAGGGGAUGAUGAAUUAACUCUGAUACUUCAAUUCUAGAGACAUCAAACUCCUGGCACAUUCUUUCAUGAGAUAGCAAAAAAGGCAAAAAUGUUUGCUUUCAUGAGAGAGAUUUGAGAAAGGUUGUGAUAUAGAGAUCAUCAAACGCUCUUGUUCUCGUUGAAUUUCCUCCCGAUUCGCACUGACGAUGCCGCUUUUACUGCGGCGAUGCGCGCUGAUAGCUGGUAACGGGAAUGGUGGAUCGCCGGGAAUGUUAGGGUUUAGGAGAGGCCUGGCGACGACUUGCAGGGCGGUGCUUCUGCCUCAAUUCGGCGGUCCCCACGUGCUCGAGCUUCAUGACAAUGUCAGCGUUCCCAAUCUCAAACCCAAUCAAGUGCUCGUUCGCACUCGCGCUGUGUCCAUCAACCCACUGGACACUAGAAUGCGGUCAGGUUAUGGCCGUUCAAUUUUUGAACCACUUCUGCCAUUGAUUCUGGGGCGUGAUGUCAGCGGAAAAGUUGCAGCGGUUGGAAAUUCUGUACGCUCUCUAGUUGUUGGGCAAGAAGUAUUUGGUGCUCUUCAUCCAACUGCCGUGAGGGGUACUUACACUGACUAUGCUAUCCUCGAUGAAGAUGAACUUGCUCCAAAACCGGCUUCUCUUUCACAUGUGGAAGCUAGUGCUAUUCCUUUUGCUGCUCUAACUGCUUGGCGUGCUUUAAGAAGUACUGCAAGGAUUACGGAGGGUCAACGGGUCUUGGUGAUUGGUGGUGGAGGAGCAGUGGGGUUUUCUGCCAUUCAACUUUCAGUUGCUGCAGGCUGUUCUGUAUCUACCACUUGUGGAGGUGAUAGUAUUGAUCGCAUUUUGGCUACUGGCGCUGAGCAGGCAGUGGAUUAUACUACUGAGGAUAUUGAAGUAGCUAUAAAGGGGCACUUUGAUGCAGUUUUGGAUACAAUUGGUGGUUCAGAGACGGAAAGGAUCGGCAUCAAUUUUCUGAAGAAGGGUGGACACUAUAUGACACUUCAGGGAGAGGCUGCAUCAUUAACUGAUAGGUAUGGACUAACUAUCGGCCUUCCUAUGGCAACUGCUAUCUUGCUGAAGAAACAGAUCCAAUAUCGAUUUUCUCACGGAAUAGAAUACUGGUGGACUUACAUGAGGGCUGAUGCUGAGGGUUUAGAUGAGAUCCGGAGGCUAUCUGAAGCGGGGAAGCUCAUAGUACCGGUUGACGAAACUUUUCCUAUGACUCGAAUUCAAGAUGCCCAUCACGCCAAGGAUAAAGGGGAAAUUCCUGGAAAGGUUGUACUGGAAGUAGACUAGACGAACUCAAUGAGUCAUGAGCUGCAAACUUAAACCCUCUUUUUUUUCAUAUUGGUUUUCAAAAGCGUUUGAUGUUACAACCUGGUUGAUACUUGACUAUAGAACAACAACAUCAACUUCCAUGUGUAAAAUAAUGUAAAUCUUGAAAUGCUGUUCGGUUUUGUAUCUUUUUUAUUUACGCGUAAACAGUAUUUCACAAAAAUAAAGGCACACGUCAGUAGAAUUCAGUCAUUUCUCAUAGAGAUUAGUAGUUGAUAGUAGUAAACUCAUGUUUCUGAGAGUCUUCGAAACAAAACCCCUUGUUGCCUGGUAAGUUGUUUGCCGGCUUAUGCUUUAGGGA